UCGAGCGAGCGUCCAUGCUGGUGAUCCUGCUGAACUGUGUGACACUGGGCAUGUUUCAUCCCUGUGAAGACAUCAACUGUGACUCAGAGAGGUGUAAGAUCUUACAGGAUUUUGAUGACUUCAUCUUUGCAUUCUUUGCCAUCGAGAUGGUGAUCAAGAUGGUGGCUCUAGGGAUUUUUGGCAAGAAGUGUUACCUUGGAGACACGUGGAACCGUUUGGAUUUCUUCAUAGUGUUGGCUGGGAUGUUGGAGUACUCGCUCAACCUGCAGAACGUCAGCUUUUCAGCAGUGAGGACGGUUCGUGUGCUGAGGCCGCUGAGAGCCAUCAACCGAGUGCCAAGUAUGCGUAUCCUUGUGACCCUGCUGCUGGACACCUUGCCUAUGCUGGGUAAUGUACUGCUGCUGUGCUUCUUCGUCUUCUUCAUAUUUGGCAUAGUGGGCGUCCAGCUGUGGUCUGGCCUGCUCAGAAACCGCUGCUUCGUCGAAGACAACUUCUCCUUCCCUCUGUCUGUGGAGCUGGGAAAGUACUACCACACUGAAAACGACGAUGAGAACCCCUUCAUCUGCUCUCAACCCCGAGACAACGGCAUGAGGGACUGUAGCUCAAUUCCCAAGCUGUAUGAGGAGGGGGGGCUGGAGUGCACCCUGGAUAUUGACUCUUAUAACAGCACUGACAACACCACCUGCGUCAACUGGAACCAGUAUUAUACCAACUGCUCUGCUGGUCUGAUCAACCCCUUCAAGGGAGCCAUCAACUUUGAUAACAUCUGCUAUGCUUGGAUCGCCAUCUUUCAGGUGAUUACCCUGGAAGGCUGGGUGGACAUCAUGUACUUUGUGAUGGAUGCUCACUCCUUCUACAACUUCAUCUACUUCAUCCUGCUCAUCAUUAUUGGCUCGUUCUUCAUGAUCAACCUGUGCCUGGUGGUCAUUGCCACUCAGUUCUCAGAGACCAAGCAGAGGGAGAGCCAGCUGAUGAAGGAACAACGAGUGCGCUUCAUGUCCAACGCCAGCACUCUGGCAUCCCUCUCCGAGCCAGGCUCCUGCUAUGACGAGCUCCUCAAGUACUUGGUUCACAUCAUCCGCAAGGGGGCCAAGCAAGUGGCCCAUAUCUGCAGGCUCUUGGCCCGUCGUGCUGGGCUCAACAUUGCUGCCUCGCCCCCAGCCACAGAUAUCCAACGCAGCCACAGCCAGAGGAGAAGGAGAAAGACCUCCAGGCAGGGGUCUGUGUCAGUUCAUCACAUAAUGCAUCAUCAUCACCAGCACCACCACCACCACUACCAUCUAGGGAAUGGUAGUGUGAGGGGAGGAGGGAGCACCAGAUGUUUAGACAGUAGGGAGGCAGAAGGUGGGGCUCAUAACAACAACGGGGGAACUCUCAUAGCAAACACUGGAAGUGGGCAUCUUGCCGUGGCGCUACCCUCUUCAGUGACAGCAGCAACUUCCGAUAUGAACCUUGCGAUUUUGUCCAGUCCUGCUGCUGAUUCAGCCUCAGUUUGCAGCAUUUUCAACACCAACUCUGGAAUUGCUCCAGGCUUCUUCUCCUUGGCUCCGGCUCCCAAGUCCAGGGCCAUUAAGAGAAACUCUGUGCCCUUUGCUGCUCCAGGGCCUAAGAACUACCCCACCCUUCAAGCUCGGGCUCUGGCCGAGUCUAGAAGAGGGAGCAUUGCAGCUAGCACCCUGACGAACAUCAACCUUAAUAUUCCACCAAUGCCCCAGGACAGAAGGCCAUCGAGUCUGGUAGACCCGCUCAGUCCAACAGCCCAGCUCUCCUGCCAGCUGUCAGCCCGUGACCUCAGCACCACCAGCAGCGCCAUGGACACGGCCGCUUUGACACUAGACCCUGAGAGCUGCCCCUACUGCGCCAAGGCCCUGGCCAACGAAUCGGAGGGCGGGACCGAGGGCAACGAGACACCUGGCGACUCAGACAGCGAUGGGGUAUACGAGUUCACUCAGGACCUCCACCACAGGGACAGAAGAGACAGCCGGCAGCCCAAAAAGAAGCACCGGAGGCUGGGGAAAACGGCCGCCAAGGUUGUUCACUUCUGGAGGCUGGUGUGCGACACUUUCCGGAAGAUCGUGGACAGCAAGUACUUUGGCCGAGGGAUUAUGAUUGCGAUUCUGAUCAAUACUCUGAGCAUGGGAAUCGAGUACCAUGAGCAGCCUGAGGAGCUGACCAACGCCUUGGAGAUCAGCAACAUCGUAUUCACCAGCCUGUUUUCUUUGGAGAUGCUGCUGAAGGUUUUGGUGUACGGGCCCUUUGGCUACAUCAAAAACCCCUACAAUAUCUUUGACGGCAUAAUCGUGGUCAUCAGCGUGUGGGAGAUCGUGGGACAGCAGGGUGGGGGUUUGUCGGUGCUGAGGACUUUCCGGCUGAUGCGCGUCCUCAAACUGGUCCGCUUCAUGCCAGCCUUGCAGAGACAGCUGGUGGUGCUCAUGAAGACCAUGGACAAUGUGGCCACUUUCUGCAUGCUCCUCAUGCUCUUCAUCUUCAUCUUCAGCAUCCUGGGGAUGCAUCUGUUUGGUUGUAAGUUUGGGUCAGAGAGAGACGGAGACACUCUACCAGACAGGAAGAACUUUGACUCUCUCCUCUGGGCCAUAGUGACUGUCUUCCAGAUCCUAACACAGGAGGACUGGAACAAGGUGUUAUAUAACGGCAUGGCCUCCACUUCUCCCGUAGCUGCGCUCUACUUCAUUGCGCUCAUGACCUUUGGCAACUACGUCCUCUUCAACUUGCUUGUUGCCAUCUUGGUUGAAGGGUUUCAGGCAGAGGAAGUGGCCAAGCGGGAGGACUUGCAUGCCCAGCUGAGCCUCAUUCAGCUGCCUGUUGUUUCAGGGGGUGAUGCUUCUAAAUCAUGCUCAGAGAUUGAUUCCUUUGCACGAAGCAUGGAGGACGUCAACGGCAGCAAGAAGGAUUUAUCGGCCUCUGCAGUAGUGCCUGCAAAUGGUCAUGUGGACUUGAAGUCAAACCUGACUCCACCGCUAAUUACCCACACUGCUGCCACCCCCAUGCCCGUACCAAAGUUGCCCGUGGGAGGUGAAUCCAACCCGGGUUAUGAGUCUCGUCGAGGCAGCAGCAGUUCUGUAGACCCAGCCUGCUAUGACAAAUCACCGACCAGUGUCCGGAGCUCUUCCCCUUAUGCCCCAUGGAGCUCCGGUAGUGGCCGGACAAGCCGCAGAUCCAGUUGGAACAGCCUGGGUCGUGCUCCGUCAUACAAACGCCAGAAGAGGCAGUCCGGGGAGCGACGGUCGCUUCUGUCGGGGGAGGGUGGCUCAAGUUCAGAAGACGGGGAGGGCGGAGGAGAAGGAGGUAGUGGACUGAUGGAGGAAGAUGACGCAUCCCUAGCCAGGACGGACUCCAUGUCCCAAUCGCAGAGAGGGCCCAGGCACAGGAGGAUGGAAUCAGUGGAGACUCGGAGCUCAAUGGAUUUGCCACCUGAUGCUUUACUCCAGGUGCCCUACCGGUACCGCUCAGCAAGCAUGCACAGCUCCAGACCCCCCUCCCUGAGCCAUUUGCGGCCCCCAGAACACAGUGACUGCAACGGAAAGGGAUCUCCAUCAGUCCUGGGUCCCACACACGUCUCGCUGGAAGAGAACACCGAAGACGAGAACGCAGAGGAGGAGGUGAACCUGGGUCGUUUUGCCAGGUUGUUCCGCUGGCUGGAGAAAAAACAGCCGGCGUGGUGUAAGCAGAGAGAUACCUGGUCGCUGUACCUCUUUCCUUCAGAGUCAAGGUUCCGGAUCGUGUGCAAUAAGAUCAUCACCCACAAGAUGUUUGACCACGUCGUACUGGUCAUUAUCUUCCUCAACUGCAUCACCAUCGCCAUGGAGAGGCCUCGAAUCGACUCCAAAAGUGCUGAGCGGGUUUUCCUGACAGUGUCCAACUACAUAUUCACAGCAAUCUUUGUGGCUGAGAUGACUGUAAAGAUCGUGUCUAUGGGCUUUUUUUUCGGGGACAAGGCGUACCUGAGGAGCAGCUGGAACGUUCUGGACGGGAUGCUCGUCAUGAUUUCUGUUAUAGACAUCCUGGUGUCUCUCAUUUCCCAAUCCGAAACCAAGAUCCUGGGCAUGCUCAGAGUGCUGAGGCUGCUGAGAACUCUGAGACCGCUACGCGUGAUCAGCAGAGCCCCGGGCCUGAAGCUGGUGGUAGAGACCCUGAUGUCAUCCCUGAAGCCCAUCGGCAACAUCGUGGUCAUCUGCUGUGCCUUCUUCAUUAUCUUUGGCAUCCUGGGAGUACAGCUUUUCAAGGGAAAAUUCUUCAUUUGUCAAGGAGAGGAUAUAAGGAACAUCACCAAUAAGUCAGACUGCUUGCAAGCCAGCUAUAAGUGGGUCAGACACAAGUACAACUUUGACAACCUGGGACAAGCCUUGAUGUCUCUCUUUGUGCUGGCGUCAAAAGAUGGAUGGGUCGACAUUAUGUACGAUGGGCUUGAUGCUGUGGGAGUUGACCAACAGCCCAUAAUGAACUACAACCCAUGGAUGCUGCUCUACUUCAUCUCCUUCCUCCUGAUCGUCGCCUUCUUCGUGCUCAACAUGUUUGUAGGCGUGGUGGUGGAGAACUUCCAUAAAUGCCGGCGCCACCAGGAGGCCGAGGAGGCCAAACGCAGGGAGGAGAAGAGACUGAAACGCAUGGAGAAAAAGAGACGGAGUAAGGAGAAGGAGCUGGCUGAAGCUCAGAGUAAGCCCUACUACUCGGAUUACUCCCCCACCCGCCUUCUCAUCCACAAGAUGUGCACCAGCCACUACCUGGACCUGUUCAUCACCAUCGUAAUAGGCCUCAACGUCAUCACCAUGUCAAUGGAGCACUAUCAGCAGCCUAAGGAGCUGGAUGAAGCACUGAAGAUCUGUAACUACAUCUUCACUCUCAUUUUUGUGCUGGAGUCGGUCUUCAAGCUGGUUGCCUUCGGCUUCCGACGCUUCUUCAAGGACAAGUGGAACCAGCUGGAUCUGGCCAUCGUGCUGCUGUCCAUCAUGGGCAUCACUUUGGAGGAGAUUGAGGUCAACGCUUCUCUGCCCAUCAAUCCCACCAUCAUUCGCAUCAUGAGAGUGCUGAGGAUUGCUCGAGUAUUGAAGCUCUUGAAGAUGGCAGUGGGGAUGAGAGCUUUGCUGGACACCGUUAUGCAAGCCCUGCCUCAGGUGGGCAAUCUGGGUCUUCUCUUCAUGCUCCUCUUCUUUAUCUUUGCAGCGCUGGGAGUGGAGCUGUUUGGUGACUUAAUUUGUGAUGAACUCCACCCCUGUGAGGGUCUGGGGCGCUACGCUACAUUUAAAAACUUUGGGAUGGCCUUUCUGCUGCUCUUCAGAGUUUCCACUGGAGACAACUGGAAUGGCAUAAUGAAGGAUACGUUGAGGGACUGCGCCCAAGAUACAGGCACCUGCUACAACACUGUGGUUUCUCCCAUCUACUUCGUCUCCUUUGUCCUGACCGCUCAGUUUGUCCUGGUCAAUGUGGUCAUCGCAGUACUGAUGAAGCACCUGGAGGAAAGCAACAAGGAAGCCAAGGAGGAGGCGGAGCUGGAGGCGGAGAUGAUGGAACUGGAGAUGGAAGCGGGGGACAUAGCAGCAAGGUCGCCCCAGCUCAACCCUCUGACACUGGGUAUGGACAGGUCGAGUUCUGGGGGUUCCCCCUGGAGGUCUCCCAGAGGAGUGGAUACAGAGCAGGAAAGGGAUGGUCCUAUGGACUCACCCACUGCUGAUAUAACCAGAGACUCUGUAGGCAUCAGAGCAGAAUCCCCUUCAUGCACAGAGCCCCAACUGGAGUUUGUCCAGCGGAGGGCACUCUUUGACUCAGUCUCCCUGGUCAUCCAGGGUUCAAUGGAGGGGGAGAUGAGUCUCAUGGACAACCUGUCCGGCUCUAUCUGCCACUACUACGCGCUGCCCCCCAAGCCCAGCAAGCACAGCACCGACAAGAAGAUCCCUCUAGCGGAGAUGGAUGCUCUGUCUCUGGCCUCUGAGAAUUCCUGGUCCCUAGCUCUGACAGACGACUCAACCCCCGACGAUUUUAACCCCCUAUUUCUAACCACUCUGGAAUGCAAUGCAGAGCAGCUCGGUCCUGGGGCGCUUCGGGACGACAACCUGUUGAGUGUCAGAAAGCCUGCGGUAGGACGCACGCACUCCCUACCCAACGACAGCUACAUGUUCCUCUCACCACAGCCUGUGGGGCAAACAUCUCCCACUGCAGCACACCCACAGGGGCCCCAGCACAUACUGGGCACUCACAGGGCCCAAUCGGGCUCCAGUGGCUCGGUGCGUUCACAACCCGCUGAGUUUUCCCAGCAGCUGACCGUUCCCACAGACCUCUUCAGACCCAUCAGCCCACACAGCCACUCAGAUUCAGAGAGUAUACCACGAAACCCACCAUCUAGACGCACGCACACAUUUAGCCGCACGUUACGCAGACAGGUUGCGGUGUCUACUGAUUCUCAGGAGGCCCUUUGUACCGACGUAGGGGAAAGCAGUGAAGGACUCGUGAAUGUGGCCUCUCUUGGCCUCCCUCCAUCCCCUACCCCCUCCAUCUCCUCUACCUCUCCCUCUUCCUACCAUCAUCAUCAUCACCCUACUCCUCAACAACCAGCUCUGUGCCUGGUCCCUGCCACACCGGGCGCCUCCCCUAAACCAUCACGUCCCAGCACAGUGCACACCCAGCACCACGACCAGCAUUGCCUCGCCUCCUACUCCCCCUGCCCUUCGCCUCCCCCUCCCAUACCCGCCAGGCCGCCCCAGCAGGAGGUGUCAGAGGAUCGGGAAGUGUCCCUCAUUAACCAGGUGGUGUUGGCGGGCAGCGACAACAUCACGGCUGAGGACAGCAGCAGCAGCGGUGGGAACGAGGGUUACGGCAGCUACGCGGGCUGCCAGGAAAGUCGGAGUCCAUGUUUGAGGCAGCUGAAGAGGUUCCACAGCGCUGACACACAGGGCCGCAACGCCCUCCUGCCCCGCCCCCGCCCUUACUCCUGGCUGGACGACCCACGGCGCCACUCUGUGGAAGUUUGCUCCCCGGUUGAUUCCAGCCCCCAGUGCAGCACCAACUCCACCUCUUCCGGCUUUGUGUCUCGGGCCGACAGCCUGCAGAUUCAAAGCCAGAUCCCCGCUCAGACCUCCCCCCGCCGCAAGAAGAAAAUGAGCCCACCCUGUAUAUCUGUGGACCCCCCUGAGGGACUGGAACCCCAGUCUGGCCUCUACCCAUGCCUGGGUGGGCUCGGUGGCAUGGGACUGACUGGGUUAGGGAUGCCCCCUCCCCUACCCAACCGGGACACCUACUUGAGGAGGAGAGCACCCUCCAGUGACUCCAAGGACUCCUUUGACCUGGCGGUCGGAGAGGGUUCAGGACAGGACGGAGGUUCACCGAACCCCAACACCAACUCCAAGUUAUUAACUCUUCCCAGCUUCUCCUUUGAGAAGACAAGCUCUGAGCACUGAACACCAAUACUCGAAUACACACACGCACACACACACACACACACACACACACAGCCGGACGAACCCUCCACACACAUAAACACACGAUGCACUCUGUGUGUCUGUGAUGGUGAUAGUUCUAGUAAUAAUGCUGUAGAAAGUAAUAAUGGUAAAACUACAACAAACAGUAAAAACAUCCUUGGUUUCAUAAGGAGUGCAGUACUGUAGUAGUGUGACCAUCCCUCGUCUUUGUAUUGUUACUGCCAAAACAGCCAGAGAAGAAGAGAACGACAAAUAUUUCUCUGGCUGCAGCUUGACCCCAUAACCUCUGGAGUGACAUCAGCGCCUGGGUUAUUAGCGCCCACUGUGGUCGCCAUAUGAACUGCCUGGUGUUAAUACAGAGCGGACCUGGUCAGUGGAGGUACAAAGCAAUAUUUAGAGACACUAUUUUCUUAAAUUAUUGGCCCAUAGUGUUUGUACAGGAUGUUGUUUUUAAUUUCAUUUAACUGUUAUUUUCAUGUCUUUUUGUGAUUUUCUUUCUUUUUUUUUUGUUUUUUUUUUGGUCAACAAUGGUUUGUCUUUGUCUUUCUUUUUCACUGUAGGAUAUUUCUAGCUUUCUUGGUUUACUAAGGAAAGUGAACGUUUUUCAAAGUGGUGAAAACCAGUAUUUGUAGGAAUAAUAUAUAAAUAUAUAUAUAAAAAAAACAAAAAACAAGUCAUUAAACUGAGCUUGGAUUUUUAAGCACACGCAGACCUUGGUGGUUUGAUUGUUGGACGAUAACCUGAUUGCUUGUUUCUUUCAUGUGUUCCUGACAGCUCCAAAGCCUUUUAGACAGAAUGACUGAUGAACAGUCUGAGAAAAACAGCCAUGUCAAUUCUUCUCACAUUUCAUGGCCACUCAUCCCAGAUUCAGCAUUCUUAGUCUGUACAAAAAAAAUUCUCAUGAAAAGAGAUCUUUUGAUAUCUUAGGUAAGUACAAAGGUAAUACACCACAU